UCUGUCGUUUAGAAUCUUCUGCCAAUGUUGGGGCGGCCCAAUGGAGAACCACACAGCAAAGCAGAUCGUUUCGUGUGUGUGAAGCCGGCAAAAACUGGGUACAGAGAAGGACUCUUUGCUGCAAUGUCCGCCGUUGGUAAUUGCACCAGUUCGUUCGUUGCACGAUGAGCCCACCGAAUGGUGGAAAUGAAGCGGAAGGUGGGAAAAAAAACGUUACCGAGCAAGCAAGCAUUCCAUUCGCGGGUGAUUGUGGGAGACUUUGUGGGAGCUUCCUGCAGACGAGCCAACCAUAAACGAAAGGCCACUAAAGCAAGCGACACAAACCAAGCGAACGGGACGCCGUGGGGUGGAUUGGUGUGUAAACUGCAUUAGGAAAAACGUAUCGUAAACCUCCCACCAUAAACGUGAAGAGCGAAGAAAGCGACGAGUCCUGCUGUGGAAUGUGUGUUGCGGCGUAAUGUAGAGCAGACAACACCCCAAAAAGCUCUGGAGCAAGAAUUCAACCUCAACAAAAACAAAAAAAAAACAGCGGCCACUUAAAACAACGCCAACGAUCAAGAAAGCUAAACUGUCAAAAAGGGCACCAGAAAGCUUUUACUCGAUACGAUUUACCGAGCGAAAUCAGUGAAAAAAAACACACACAAACUAAAAUGGAAUAACAAAUGAAAACAAAACGGAAAAAAGCGAAGGACCAAAACAAGAAGGUAAAAGUAAUCGAAAAAAAGAUCAUUAAACAGUAAAAAAAAGGAGCAAAAGAAAAAAAUGGUACAAAAUGAGAUAAGGAAAAAGACGAACGGAGCGAGUUAAAUUGAGAGAAGAUGAAAAGGAAACAAGGAUAAAACCGGCACAAUGAAAUGGGACGUUGGGUGUGUGUGUGUCUGUGUGUGUGUGUGUAUACGGUGCGGUUUGCUUUACAGGCGAAGGACAAGUUUAAUUAAACGUUUGUGUUUACCUUGUGUUUUGCUUGGGUUUUGGUUAAAGUUCCCUCUUCUUUCCGGCCCUUUCUAGGUACUGUAGGUCCCGAAAGGAAACCAGCCACAGGGGGAAACGCGGAAGCUUUUCUUUUUGCGUAAAUGCUGUGCUGUGAGUGAGUGUGUCUGUGUGGGUGUGUGGGUGUGCGUUAAUAAAGUGCUUGGAUGUAGGAGUGUGUAAAAGUGUGUACGGUCAUUAAUUCCCACGCGCGCGCGCGCGCCCCCAUAUGGAGUGGUGGCGAAGGUUUUGAUGCAGAGGUAAGCGAAACCGGCGUGUGUGUGCUUUAUUUUAGUCGGGCAAGCUUAUCGCCACAUAGGAAAAGGCCCCAGUCAAUUUUCCAAAACACCCCCACCCCGUUUCCGGAAGUGUGGGUUAAUUGAGUGAGUGUUUGUGUGGUCCCUUGCCCGGGAAGUGGUAAGGUUAAGAGGGAAGUGAUAGAAGCUUAUAUAUACACGCACACGCGCGCAUACAGGAAGGGGAACGGUACUGGUCGAAAGGAUGGCGGUAAGCAACAUCGUGUGCGAGUGGUUGCGCGCCCUCGGGCUCGGCCAGUACGCGGAAAGCUUCCUCGACAAUGGAUACGACGAUCUGGAGAUCUGCAAGCAGGUCGGUGAUCCGGACCUGGACGCGAUCGGUGUACAGAAUCCGGCCCACCGGAGCAAGCUGCUUAAGAGUGUGCGGUUGCUGCGGGAGAAGGGUGCGGCCAGCGUUUACUUUCAGCUGAACGAUCCCAAGUCGCUGCUGUCGGACAACAGUGACAGCCUGGAGCGGGACAGUUCGCCGCUGAUGCUGAGCGAACUGGAGGCACUGUUGCAGGAGCAGCUGAAGGCGGACGGCGUUUGUCUGACGGCACAUCCGUACUCCACACCGGACGGUACGCGAGGCCAUCUGGAGGGGCUUGCAUCUGUGUACUGCGAAAUGUUGCUGGCCCCGUUCGGUGAGGUCCUUUCGGCGCUGGAGGAAGCGCGACAGCGUGCCUGGUCGGAACGAAGUCCGCACAGUUCGUCCGGGGGUGGCGGUGGCUUGAUACGGGGUCACCGUGGUAAUUCGUGUCACGGCGGCUUACCCAACAGCCACAGCCAGCCAAUUUACGUGCCCGGCAAAUAUUCGCCCUCCAGCUGUUUGUCCGAUAAGGAGGAGGACGAAAUUUAUGGAUUCGGGUACGGUGUGUUCGCUCCCCGGGUGGCCCGAACGACCCUCCAGUCACAGCAAGCGCAGCCAGGGCCACAACAGCAACAGCCGCAACAGCAGCAGCAACCACAACCCCAGCCACAACAAUCACAAAACUCCGCCAAUGUACCUGCCAACAGUGCUGCUGCUCAGCAAAGCUGCCUCAGCCCACGCUCAGCGUACUUCUAUGAAUUCCCCCCAACGGACGGCCGAGAGACCAGCAAAAAGCGGACGACCCUGGCGAGGCUCUUGAGAGGACUAAAGACUGUAAAUAGGCGUGAUAGAUCGAAUCAAAACACCACCGGCGGCACUGCAACGCAGUCAAGGUCACAGAACGAAAGACUGAGACACUUCCAAAUGAAUGGCGGUGGACCGCAGCCAAGUUUCGAAGAAACCAUACAGAGGCUAAAAAUACAGGAAGCACUACGGAAGAAGGAAAAAUUUCAACGCGAACACGAGGAGAUACUCCGAGACAUUCGGCAAGGUUUGCUGCAGCUGAGCAGAGACUCGAGAGACGACACGUACAUGUAUGACGAUGCGGUAACGAAUGUGAUGCGAAUGCCACAUCACCAAGGUCACUGGUACGAUGAGCCACCGUACGAGAGCGAUCCGGACGACUUCCUGAUGUCCGGCAUGCGACAAAUCGGUGCCGCCGGGUAUGCGGGCGACGGCGGAGGAGGCGGUGGUGGGGAUAGUGGCGGAGGGCCAAGUGCUACCAUACAGGGUGGCCGCGUCUGCUACAGCAACGGCAGGGAAGGACAGAGUGUGAUAUCGUUGCGGUCCGCGGGUGACAUUUCCAUACCGCAGCGGGGCCCCCGGCGGGGCCUAAUUGUACCCCAGCAGCCACCAAACCCUCCAACCAUUAUACCCCUCAAACACGCCCGAUCGCACGAUCGGGAAAGUGGCGAUUACGCCGGCUCAAUAUCGGAUCUACACAGCGUUACCUCCCGGUUGAGUCAGGUUUCGAUCGGUAUGAAUAACUGUACGGCCCGCUAUCGAACGCUCAGUGCCGGGCUGGGUGACGAAUCACCAUCGCCAUCGCCCACCCCAUCGUCCGAGUACGACGACAUCCUGCAAGCGAACGCACUGCAGCUUCAGAAGCAUCUGCAUCACCAGCAGCUGAAGCGGCUCGAUGGUGCGUGCGGUGGCACGGGUGGCAUCCCGGGGCAACCGGGGUCAACAUCCGGGCACAUCGGCAGUGCGGCAUCGUUGGCAGCGGCAGGCUCGUCAGCAACAGCGGCAGCUGGCAUCGGUUCGGUGGGAAACACAUCCGGCACCGUCGGUGGUAGUAUGGCACUUGCUUCCGGUGGUGCAUCCGGUGCCAAUCUGCCCGCCAUUCUGGGCGUAACGGGUGGGGCCGGGGGUGGCAGCAUCGGGGUGGACAUCAGUAGCGCGAGCACUAGCAACAGUACCACCACCACGAACGGCAGCGGUAACAGUAGCAGCAGUGCCAGCAGCAACAACAGCACCAGUACAAAAAACACUGUCAACAAUCUGAAAAGCCUCAAGGCGGCCAAAAACCGGAACAAUCUAUCGUCGUCCCUGACGGCAGCCGCAUCGUCUGCGGCGGUCUCGCACAACAAUAAAAAUUUAAGCAUAAGUCAACAGAUAGCUUUAGUACAUCACUCUAACGACGCUCGCACAUCGCCAAAGGAUCAUCUGCUGUUCGGUGGGACGGAACGAAACAAUCGGGACUACAGCAACUGCUUGGAUAGCAUCAGCGACCAAACGUUCCAACAUUCGGCCAGUUCGGUCGAAAGUUUGCCGAGUGCUUCCGGAUCGAGCACCCAAGCCCUGGUUCGUCCUGGCAGUCCUCAUAGUUCGCUGUCGGCGGAAGAUCGUACCACAAUGUUGCCGAUCUGUAGAGCGAUCGCACUCGUCGAUAGUUGCCCAAGCCCGUACGAUAAAGAAGCUCUACGAUUUAAGAAAGGAGACAUUAUCGACGUGCUGUCCAUGAACGCGUCCGGUGUUUGGCGGGGGUAUGCGAACGGUCGGUUAGGACACUUUAAGUUCAUCAGCGUGGAGGUUCUGCCCGAUCUGCCGACAACGGGUUUGAAGGGCUACGGAGGCAAACUGGUGAGUCGGCACCGUUUACCCACGAGCUGUCCUACGAGCGUGGAAGAGCUGCUGCUCCGGAUCGGUCUGAAGGAAUACACAUCAGUGUUUGUGCUCAACGGGUACGAAGAUUUAGAACUAUUCAAGGAGUUGGAACCGUCCGAUCUGGAUUACCUCGGUAUUGGAAAUACGGAGCAUCGGGCAAAGAUACUGGCCGCCGUUCAGCUGCUUCACGACUUGGACUCAACGUCAGAUGGUGACGUCGCCGGUUCCAGCUCGGAAAACGACGAAGGCUUGCGGUUGAACCACGUCAACUGUUCCAGCGGUCUCGGCGGUGGACUGAGCGGUGGAAGUGGCAGCACGACGCGUAGUAGCGGAGACCACCAAACGUCACCGUUUGGCCGGCGGAGCUUUCCACGUGAUUCCGGAUGCUACGAAGGUUCGCCGGUACCGUCCUCGCAAGGUUCGCACAAUGCCCACAACUCUUACCAGCAGCAGCUGCACCAUCUUCAGCAGCAGCAGCAGCAGCAGCAGCAACAUUCGCACAACAACGGACCAGCGUUGCAGCAGUCGCAGCAGCAGCAACACGCCAACAUGGCCACGCUAAUGACCGCGCAUCAUCAUCACCACCACCUGCACCAUCAUCUGUCCGACAACGAGACGAACAAUCUGGACUCGGUCGUGGCCCAGUGCUCGAAUGAAAUCCUGAAGCGCGUCGAGUCGGCCCGCCGCUUCAACGGUACGACCGAGCGCGGUUCGUCCAAAACCAUGAACAGCCGGACGAUGGCCAAGAAGGGUGGUCUGCUGGGUGGGGGCGGUAGCGAUGGUGGCGGUGGGAUGGUGAUGGUCGGUGGGGUUGGUGUUACCGGGGGCAGUAGCGGCGGUGCGCUCAGUGAAAAGUCGAGCGAUUCCGGCGUUAGCAGCAGCAGCCUGUCGUCCGGUCCGGCCAAGGGUAGCGGAGGGCUCUAGCGGCCCGCUCGUACGACGACGAUGCUGACCACGUACGAAGAUGCGACGGUGCGGAUGCUGUCGUGCUGUCCUUCGCUGUUACCACCGGAGCUGUUCGAAGGAGCGGAACGAACCUUAGCGUCCGGCAUCGAACGGUAAGUGGCGGUGUGAUAGUGUCGGGCCAUCUUGGGUCAAGUAACCACCGGUCGGCUGAUAGCCGCACUUCCGUUCAUGUGCAUAGGAAGCAAUACGCGCACAAUCUUAUGUUCCAAGUUAUCCAAGUCUAGUAUGAUAAGUUCCAGUGAGAUGGCAGACAAACUGUGCAGUGAUUCAUACGGGAACUCUCACAUAUACCCACCCACAGGGUUCUAUGCACUGCCAAAGGAUGUGCGAACGGGUAGGUUCGGAAACGAAUUGUUUGAGUUAAGGUCGGGGAAGAGCAAGAAAGGGAACAUCGAAUAUAAAAUGGCCGUAAAGUGAUGGUGAGUGAGCGACAGCUUCAAUCAACCAAGGCAAAAGUGAACCGAGAGUAAACAUGGGGACCGUUAUUGUGAUGCGUGUGUGAGACAGAUGGAGAAAGAGAAAGCGAGAGAAAGAGAUAGUGCAAGCAAAAAGGACGACACCCGUGUGAGUUGGAUAGCUGUGAAGUGGAGUGAAGCGUCGCUAGGAUGGAACCAGUAAAAGGAGCUGUUGGGCUGGCCGGGAAACCGUGACCACCCCUCGGCUCAGAUAUAUUGUGAUUUGUGAUUGUUAUUGAUGGUUGUUGACGGGUACGAAUGUGAUGCGUGAGAUUCGAAACGAAAUUCGUUCGAACCCGGGUACGGGACAUAAAGCUGGCAUCGAAGCUGAUG